UUUAAUAUUCAGUUUCCCCGCCUUUGCCGACGCCGCCACGUAACCACCGGCACGGCGGCAGGUGAAAAUAAAGCGCACCCAAUGUUGGACGACCAAAAACUUACACCGAGUUUAAAAACAGUAAAGUCCGUCUGAGAUUUAAAUAAAAUAAUAAUAAUAACGCGUCGGUGUGUUUUGUUCUACGUUUAUUACAAGUUAACUAAACGUUUGUUAUCCUCUUGUAUUUAUUAGUGAAUGUAAUGACUGAUUCUUUUUAAAAACACACCCGCCUUAAACUCCGCGUUAGUUCACACUCGCGGAGCUGCAAAGUGGAGGGAGCUAAUGUUUAGCUUUAACCGGAGGACGUGCGCACUUCCCCGGGUCGGUUCCGAUGGCUGUACGCUGGCUAUGCAGCCUCUUUGGGAAGCCCUUUGAUGGCGGGAAGAGGAUGGACCAUGGCGGUCCACAGCAGCAGCAGCAGCAUCCAAUGGAGCAGCAGCAGCAGCCAUAUUAUCCGCAGCACCCUGCCAUGAUGCGGCUGUACGAGGUCCAGAAGGAGGUGGCGUCCCUCGGGCCUCAGGUCUGCACCUUCAGCGGCCUGCAGAACGACCGCGACUACAAGCGGCUGGAGCGCGAGCUGACGCGGCUGCUGCUGGAGGUGGACCAGGUGGACACGGAGGGCAAACCGGAGCUGCAGGGGGCAAGAAAGAGAGCGGCGCAGGAGGUGGAGGGCCUCCUGCGCUACCUGGAGGAGAACGCCACCCAUCCGUCCCGCCUGGCCAUCGAAGAGCUGAGCAAUGAGGCGCGGCGGCUGGUGGAUGAACGCGUGGUGUUGCCCCAGCGUGCCGGCGGCGUGGCCGAAAUAAGCGACGAGCUGGUGGAUGCUCUGCAGGAGCUCGUGCUGAGGCUCACCCAAGUCAAGACCGAGGGGAGGGUGCCGCUCCGCAAGGCGCGCUACCGGGCGCUGACACGCCUGUGCGCCGUCCAGGACGUGCUGGAGGGCCGCACCCAGCAGCAGACGCUCUCCCUGCCGCUGUCGGGAGACACCCACGAGGCCGUGCACCGCAUCAACCAGGUGAUGGUGAAGGUGAGCGUGGCACGCAGUCAGCUGGUGGCUCUGCUGAUGGGGCUGAGCGGGAGGGACAGCUGCGCCCACCUGUCACGGAUCCUCACGGAGAUGCAGGUGGAGCUGGACGCUCUGGAUGUUUCCGGGAACGCGGCAAUCAGAAAUUACCGGAAACAGGUCGUGGAGGAGAUCAACGGGCUGCUGAAACAUCUGGACCUGGAGGGGGAAGGAGACGACACGCGCAGGUACGACUUGGCGCAGAACAAUUCCAUCCGUGAGAUCGAGGCGGUGCGAGCUCACGUGUCUCACCUGCGAGAGGGCGUCCUGAGGCACUGCGUGAUGGGAGAUCUGAGCUUCAGGCCCAAAGCCGAGCUGCAGAGCCUCCUCACCCACCUGGACCAGGUGGACACCGCCAAGAACCCGUGCAUCAGAGAGGCUCGCCGCCGCGCCGUGGUGGAGGUCCAAGCCAUCAUCACUUUCCUGGACCUCCGUGAGGCCCUGGCUCGCCGUCAACCGGGCCCCGCCGAGCAUCCGUCGCACCGGGCCGUGUGGCUGGUCCUGGGGAGCCUGUCGGACCUCCAGGCUCAGGUGCUGGGCUUCGAUGGGAAGCGGGCUGACAAGAGCUACAUGAUGCUGGAGGAGCUGCUGACCAAACAGCUGCUGACGCUGGACGCCGUGGACCCGCAGGGCGACGAGACGACCAAGAUGGCACGGAAGCAGGCGGUGAAGUUCGCCCAGAACAUUCUCAACUAUCUGGACAUGAAGACGGACGAGUGGGAGUACUGAUCACGGAUAAAAACACACGGAUCACGGUGUGUGUGUGUGUGUGUGUGUGUAUGUGUGUGUGUGUGUGUGUGUGGUCGCCGUGUCGUGAGGCGGGGACACCGGAUGGGACGUCGCUGCAGGAACGAAAGGAGCUGAUAAUGUGUGUAAAUAAAAAAAACAAAAAAAUAACUUACGUUAUCAUUCCACGGACUGUAAAUAUGGACUCAAAUCCCCAGAAUGCACUGCAGCAGCGCUUUUCUUUUGUCUCUUUGUGGUAGAUGUGGCCGACCCUGCUGAGAAGUCAACACACAGGAACUCCUUUUGUGAAACAAACUUUGAACUUUUAUUUUUUAAGUUAACUCUCCCGUACGGACGUGACUGUGUGUGUGUGUGUGUGUGUGUGUGUGUGUGUGUGUGUGUGUGUGUGUGUGAGUGUGUGUGUGUGUGUGUGUGUGCGUGAGCGCCUGUUGUCGUCAUAUUUGGUGCGUGGUCGUCGAAGCCUGCUGCCAAAGCACUAAACAAUGUUACAGUGGUCGUCUCCUCCAGAGUGUGAUGGAUCGCUUCGUGCUGGCCUGAUUCAUGAGGUUGUAAAUGAAGACAGCCAGAUGCAUGCGUUAAAUACAGCGACCCGAUUAAAGGAGAGUCCAAACACCGCUGCUGCUGCUGAUGCUGCUGCCGGGUGAGACGAGGAGUCGGGUCCAGGUUGUGGUACCUGUUGUUGCUCGGUCACAUGGAGCGUUUUCUUUGAUUCGUCUGUCUGAAACACGCGAGGUCGAAGCUGAAGUCAGGCAAUCUGUGUUUAAACAGAGAUGUAAUUAGAGAGACAGGACAGUGGGAGUUUGCAUUAUUGAUGUAAGGUCGUCCUCCACUCACUGUGUGACCCCCAUCAGCGUCCGGUCCGUGUCUGCAGUUCACACCAAUGUGGCAAACUCCCCUAAUCGCUGCGUUCCACAGCUGUCACGGGCAACCGGUCCAAAAAAACAAGAAAACAAAAAGAAAGAUAUAAAAGCGUGAGUGAAGUUUAACGGAGAGACGGAUGCUCCUUCCCCCUCGCUGCUUGUGUCCCUGUUAGUCUGUGAUAUGCUUCAAAUGUUUGUUGUGACUCUGUACGAGUGGCUCGGCUAUAAAUGGAUCGGUUUGAAUUCAGGAGGUAGAGGAGGAGAAAUUUUUUGCUGUUGCUGCUGCUGCUUCAGUUUUUUUUUUUGUUUCUACCUACCACUGAGCGACUGUGAUGCUCCCCGGGAGGCGGGGGGGGAGACGCAGAGGAAGGGGAGGCUGAUGUCCACCGGAUUGAAGCUCGCGGGGACAAACAGUCGGGUCCUGCGCGGUAGAGAGUACUGACGGUGAUCGCAGUCGACAGAGCCUUCUAGAAACUUCUCGAAGCUGCUGCUGCUGCUCGAGACGGUCGGAGGGAGGGACUGGAAGAGAAGUCCAAAUCUCUGUGCCUUUAUUUUCACCCUUCCCCCUCUUUGUUUUUGGACCUGGUUUGUGUGAAAGCAGCUGCUCGUUUUGAUAUUUUUAACCUUAAAGCACUGAAUGUGUUUUCGAGAGAGCACCUUGGCCGUUAUCGCCGCGAGAAAUUUGCACUAUCUGUCCGAAAAAUUGAGGCGUUUUCUUUCCAAAUCAGUAUUUGUUCCCAGAUAAAGACUAAAAGAAGGUGGUGGUGGUGUUCUGGUCAGUAGAUUCGUGGUCACACACUCGCUGACUCCGUGCAGCCGGCACAUGAAGUGAGUCACACUUUGCUUUCACACUGCGAACAGCUUCACUGAUGGAAACUCAGCUGACAAACCCGAAUAACUAGAUGAUUGAAAUACUUCACGACGUCCUGCUUAAAACAUAAACUUCAAACCCUGUCGGUUAAAUCAAUCACACCUCGUUCAGGAGCUUUCAGUCACAUCACAUGAUCUUCAGUUGUUUCUGAGAGCAGCGUCGCUCGCAGUCGUAGAGAAUUACCACCUGACUUUGCAUUUUAGCGCCUUUCAGCUCGUUGUUUUGGUUUCCCAGCAACUCUACAGCUCACUCUGCUCUGAUGAAUCCACCGACUCACAUUUAGAGACUCACAUCUGGUGAACACGGUUGAGCAUUUAGGAGUUGGUGGAGACCAAAAACGGAGCUGAAAGGAGAAUAAAUGUAAAUAUAGAACUUCAGGUGGACGUAAACACGACUAUAAAUGAAGCUGCUGGAUGUUCAAACAUGUUUCUCUGUCAGCUUUGUAACAUGAUGUCAGUGUUGCAUGUGAAUCAGUUAAUCAAACUGAAAUUAAACUUUUCUAAAGUGUAGUUUCAUCUUUUAUUGGAUCCCAGUUAAAUUCUUCUCCUCGUCAGCAGUUCUGUUAAAUUAAAUGGACCUGGCAGUCACGUAGUUUUGUCAGAUCUGUUCACAAGGUCAAAAUAAACUUUUAAAUCAAGCGAUGCAACCACAGAGAGCUCCGUACGUAACAGCGACUUAAUUUGUUUGGCUCCGGUCUCGUUUCUCUUUCGGUUCGUUUGCCAACAUGCUCAUAAAUUAAAAAUCCCUCAGCGGGGUAGAGAGAGAGAGGAGCAGCAGCUUUCGGAUCUGACAGCUGACCAUCACCAAAAAGUUUCAGCCGAGGCCGACGACGUUUUUUUCAUCAGCUGAGUUUGAGUCGCAGUGUGAACGCAGACGCACAGGGUCGAAAUGUGUCGAGUCGCUCGUGUAAUCAAAGCAACAAAGCUGUGGCUGAACCUUUGCUGCUCAUCACGUAUCCCCGUGAACUCCCACAGAAGCCCUUUAUGCGUGCACGAAGCUGCUGCUGGAAGCGUUUCCUGGCAUGUGGCCUGCAGCUCGGCCUCCUGGGCAUGGAGCUGACUCAUGCGGGAGAAGAUUAGAUUAAACGCCGGUCAUUAAACAUCGCCAGGCUGCCUGGCUGGCUGCUGUUUGCAACAGAUGCUUUCUCACAGCGAACCUUACGCUCUCUCAGACCAAACCAACCCGAACACACCUUAAGUUCACACACUCUUUUGUAUGCAGUAAUGUAUAAAGAUGUACAUUCAGUCCUCACCUGUCACUGCAUUUCUGUGCAUUUAUUUAAAGAGUUUUACACUGUAUGAAGAAAUCUUGUCAUCACAGAGACUUUUCUGUUUGUUAGUGGAGCCUCAGCGAGUGGGCGUUCUGGCAACCGUACAAAUUUAUACUCUGUGGUUCAUAAGUACAAACUUCAGACGUUUUGCGGAUGGCGCCGAGGUGAAGCACCAUUUUUCUAAAUGUUUUUCUUUGAGUCUACGCCAGCGAGAUGGAGCAGGUAACCCUUCGGAAAUCCCCAAAUAUCACCGCCGUCCUCUUCUUCUGUGCUGUAUAUACGUGGACGCGGUUUCCAAGUAGAUUUACAAACUGAGUCGGAGUCGAUUAACAGUGUUUUGAUGCAUUUGUGUUUACACAAGAAGAAGAAGAAGAAGAUUUUAUAGGUAUAAAAUACAUAUUUCUGCGUUUGCUAGUAUUUCCCUGCAUGAGUGUGAAAGUUUGUCAAAAUGACCAAUUUGUACUGAAGUCGUGGAGAAACAUUUAAAGGCGUCAUCGUCGUGUCAUUGUCAGGAAAUCUUACCAACAGACUAAAAACCAACAAAUAUUUAGUUUCCACAAACGUCUGGAGUACACAGAGCGUCUGUUAGGGACUACUUUCAGCGGUGGAUUAAUCCAGGAUGGUGUUUGUUAAUUUGAUAAAUAUAAUUGUUGGUUUGGUCUUUUAAUGGGAUUUGUUGACAAGAAGAAGAAGAACAAAAAAACUUUAAAUAUUACAAGAUUUAUCCUUUAAAGCUGAGAUCAACCUGAGUCUCCAACAAAGCUUCAGAGAGUCUCUUACACAAAUCUGGACCUUUCUUUAAAGCAGCAUUAUGUAAAGCCGGCUGACUCGUCCAACACGCUAACACUCCCCCCGGUGCUCUGAGUCUGGGCAGCAUGGCUAACAAACUGAGCUAACGUGAGCUGACAGCGGCUACCAAAAGUGAAGAGUUUAAAGGAUUCAGGCUGUCUUUACAGGAUGAUGCAUUUACAUCGAAGGUUUCAAGAUUUCUUUGCUCCUGUACUGGACUGAAUGUAAUCACUGAGGAAUGUCUCGUCUUUGUAUUUUCACAAGAACCAAAGUUACUUUCAGUCGGGAGAGAUUUGAAUUGAAACUGAAACGAUGAACCAGAAGGAGAAGGGUCGUACAAAACUGAUUAUUGAACUAUUAAUAUGAUACAAAAAUGUCGUUAAGUUUCAGUUUUAAGGUCAGCGGCCGGUUGCACCAGCAGUCAACAGUAACACACUUAAACUUUCAAACUUAUUUCUAAGGAUAAUUAUGAAAGCACGAGGAGCUCUGCUCCGUUUGUGGACAUGUUUCAUUCAUCGACUCGGCAGGACACGAAUAAAUGUCAAAUUAUCAACAAUACACAAUGACACAUAGUUGGUGCAACGUGCCGCUCGAUCCAGCAGCUGAUUGUACAACUGAAGUUGAACAAAUGUUGAAGUAAAAAUGACAAAGAAACUAGACAUGUACGAAGAGAUCUUCCUUAUCGAGCUUUAGCAGAAAGUUCUUUUAUUUAAACUUCUUUCGAACGUUCCUCGCUCUCCGUCUGUGACGACAGCUUCGCCUUUCUUUCUGCAAAUAACAGGAAUGUGUUCUGUGACUGAAAAGGCAUCUUUCCAAAUACGUUUCUCUUAAGUCGCCUUUAACUGCAUUUGAUUGUGACAGGCUUUUUUUUUUUCUUUCUUUUGUUGUUGCUGUUUGUCGCGCUUGUACAAAAAGCACACUGGAAAAAAACAAGCUGUGUGAAUGCUCCAUGGAUGGUUGUGUUCUGAAUUUGUAUUCCCACUGCAAAAUAAAGACGGCGUGUCUUGA